AUGCCCAGCAGAGACAUCGUCUCGUGGAACGCAAUCGUGAACGGCAGUGCCGUGAACGGGUAUCUCGUCGAGUCGAGGCUGCUCUUUAACUCCAUGCCCGAGCGGCAGAUGAUCUCCUGGAACACUCUUCUCUCAGCGUAUGCCCGAAACGGGCAUUUGCAGGAAUCCGAGUGGAUCUUCCGCUUCAUGCCGUUUCACGAUCUCGUCUCGUGGGACGUGAUGAUCACCGCCUACAACCAGGCGGGUCUUUUCUACGAAGCCAAGCGAAUCUUUGACAGCAUGGGCGGGAGAUGCUCGGUAUCCUGGAAUGCAAUGGCGCAGGCAUAUUCCCAGGCAGGGCAUCUCGAGGAGGCGCGCGACGUGUUUGACUGCACGCCCCAGCGUGACUGCGUGUCGUGGAACAUCCUCAUCGUGGCAUAUUCCGAGCACGGGUAUCUGGAGGAAUCUUACGCGCUCUUCAAUCUCAUGCCGGCGUGGAACGGAAUCUCGUGGAACAUCAUGGCCACCACAUAUGCCCUGCGAGGGCACAUCCAGGAAUCUAAGCGAAUCUUCAACUCCAUCCCUUCCAGAAGCCUCGUACUGUGGAAUUCCAUGGUGGCGGCGCACACCCAGAGAGACCAUCUCCUAGAAGCGAAAGCGCUGUUUGAAAAGAUGUCCGGCUGGGACGUGGUGUCCUGGACGACCAUGAUCCAGGGAUAUUCCGAGUCCGGGAAUCUUGAGGAAGCCAAGGGCUUGUUCGAUCGAAUGCCUGGAGUCUGUGCCGGAUCCUCGUCCGCUAGGGACUACCCGUGCUGGAACGCGAUUCUCUCGGCAUUCGUCCACAAGUCACGGAUGGACGACGCAAAGUCCAUCUUUGACAAGAUGCCCAUGCACGACGUCGUCGCCGCCACCUCCAUGGUGGUGCUCUACUCGUCACCCCGCGGCCAUCUCCGCGAGGCCAAGCUCGCCUUCAACUCCAUCCCCGCCCGCGACUCCACCGCCUGGACGAUCCUCAUCUCGGCCUUCGCGACCAACGCCGACCUCGCCGGCGCGGAGCGCGUCUUCGAUCUCGUCCCGCUCCGGAGCUCCUUCAGCUGGAACUACAUGAUCCAGGCCUUCGCCACCGAUCCGCGCAGCCUGGAUCGAGCCAAGCAGGUCUUCGACGCGAUGCCGCAGCGCAACGACGUCCCCUGGAACGCCAUGAUCGGGAUGUACUCGAGCAGCGGCGCGGUGGGCGAUGCGCGCGCCAUCUUCGAUCGAAUGCCCGCGCACGAGGUCCUGGCGUGGAGCGCCAUCCUCACGGCCUACGCGCAGUCGGGCGACCUCGAGUCCGCUACCCGGAUCUUCGACUCCACGCCGCUCCACGACGCCGUCUCGUGGAGCGCGAUCAUCUCGGCGCACUGCCACAAGGGCCGGAUCCACGACGCCGUCUUUCUCUUCCGCUGCCUCAACCUCGAGGGGAUCCAGCCCGACGAGGUGAGCUUCACGAGCAUCCUCCACGCUUGCAGCCACGCGGGGAUGCUGCGCGAGGCGUGGAGUGGAUUCACGAGCAUGGUGGCCGACUUUGGACUGGCCGCUUUGCACGACCACUACUCGUGCAUUGUAGACGUGCUGGGACGGACGGGAAGGCUUGCGGAGGCCGAGGAGCUCGUCCAGACCAUGCCGUUUCUGCCGAACUCUGUCGAGUGGACGAGCUUGCUGGGCGCUUGCAAGGUGCAUGGCGAUCUGGGCCGGGCUGCUCGGUGCGCGAGCUUCGCAAACGGGCUCGGCGCCACGCAUUCCUCGUCGUACAUGCUGCUGUCCAGCGCGUAUACGACGACGAGUCCCCAAGGUUAG